AUUUAUCACUGAACAUACAGUUUGCUAUAAAUUAAAAACUGUGCCGCUGAGUUUGUUGGCCUUGGAAAUUUUUCAUCAACGGAUAAAUAUUAGUAAAGGAAACUUAAACUGUACAAGAUAAAAAAUGAGUAUAUACAAAGACAUUUUGGUGCGGUUUCCACGCGGUGGACUUUCUUACGUAUUCGCCUAUGGCUCUGGUGUUAAACAGCAAAUUGGUUAUGACCAAGUUGGAAAACAAAAAAACUGUGUCAUCGAUUUAGUAUUUUGUGUACGCGAUCCUUUAGGUUGGCACGCUGAAAAUAUAAGUCGCCAUGAAAGCCACUACUCGGCCAUGAGACACUUGGGACCCAAAUUAAUCAUGAAAUAUCAAGAGAAUUUAGGGGCUGGUGUAUACUUUAAUACCCUGGUACCGCUUCCCGAUUUGGGAGUACAAAUAAAAUAUGGUGUCAUAUCAAAGGAACAAAUGCUGCAAGAUCUACUAGAGUGGAGACAUCUUUAUAUGGCAGGACGUUUGCACAAACCUGUGCAAGAUAUAGUACCGGCUGAUGAUGAUAAAGAAAUUAAAGCCGCAUUGGCCAUGAAUUUACGUAAUGCUUUCCAAGUGGCUUUACUUUUGUUGCCCGAAAGAUUUACAACAUUUGAAUUAUUUCAUACCAUUUCUAGUCUAAGUUAUAAGGGAGAUUUUCGCAUGAUCUUUGGUGAAAAUAAAAACAAAGUGGCGAAUAUUGUACGAGCUCAAGAAAAGGACUUUUUUCAAUUGUAUGCCCCGGUCAUGAAAGAUUUAGCCCAAUAUGUGGCUGUUGAUUUUGCGGCCAAAGAAAAAGGUUCCGAUCGUGUGAUAACCCAGUUUGAACAAGAUAAAUCUGAAAAGGCUUUAGAAUAUCAUCUGCGCCAAGCACCGGCUGAAUUAAGACGGCGGCUUAUACGUAAUGCUGCUUUCACUGGCAGUUAUAUAGACAUUAUACAGAAUUUAGCUGCUCUAAAAAAUCUCCAUAAAAUUGUACAAGUAUCGGUGAAUGAUAUUGUUUGGCGUAGUAGCAUAAAACAAUCUGUGAAAAAUAUACCCAGUGCCGGUUUAUUUAAAUCGAUUGUAUAUAGUUAUCGCAAAGCGUUGAAAACUUUUUCCCACUAAAUUUUGUUGUAAAAAAAUAAUUGAAAAGUCCUCUAAGUCAUCGUUUAUAAUGUAUUUGUUGUUGUAAUGAUGUUGGAAAAAGUUACAAUUUUUUGUAUUUUUUAAAAAUAUGUUAGAUUCUGAAAGGUUUUUUAAGAAACCUAAUAUCAUAUUAGUAAUAUGUUAAAAAGUUAUAUGUAGAAGUAUGUUUUAAAACGUUGGACCGGGUUGUUAAAUGAUUCUCGAAACUUAAAUGCGGAAAAUAAAAAAAUUAAAUAUAAACUAUCUAUAAUCAAACACCAAAAAAUUAGAUAUAUCUAAUGAUAGCAAGAACAACGUUUAAGCCUUGAGCAAAAUGUUUACUAUUUUCCAAAAAAAAACUGUUGACGUGAUUUCCUAAAUUAAAAAUGACAAAAUGAUGCAUUUUAAUGAAUUAUUAUCCUGAGUAGAUCCUAAUAGUUUAACUAUUUCAUAGUAUAAGCUUUUAAAUAACUAUUUCUUCAUACAAAUAGAGUAGUUUAUUCCAUAAUAAUUGUAAACAUAUUAAGACAAAAAAUAUUGCAUUUCAGCUCAAUACUAAAGUUAUCCCAUAAAUUUACCUCUUAAAAAGCUUUAAUAAUUGUUUAACAAUAUAAUUUUAUUAUUUGAAUUUCUCUCUUUUUAUUAUAAAAAAAUUUAAAUAAAAUAAGCCAAUGUAUAUUUUGUAAAUUUUCUAUAUUAUUUAAAUAAA